AUGGAGGCGCUGCCGGACGACAUCGUUGUGGAGAUCCUGGUGCGCGUGACGGGCGUUGCCGCCCUCUUCCGCUGCGCCGCGACGUGCAAUCGGUGGCGCCGCCUCAUCGCCGACGCCUCUUUCCUCUUCCGCCUCUGGCCAGAGGGCGUGCCCCACUCGUCCUUCCUCCUCGGCUUCCUCGUCACACAACUGUCCCGUGAAGAACGACCAGCCAGAAUCAUCUCUGCGCCCGCGCCGUCGUUCGCCCUGGCGCCAUGGUCGCCCCUCGGAGACCGCUACCGCUUCCUCGGGCAUUACAUCCACGGCCUCCCCAAGGAUGGUCGCUUGCACACGGUGCCGCUCACCGCGCGUCGCGGCCUUCUUCUCAAUCACAUCGUCGAACUCGUCUACCCCAACAAUAUGACGACCGAGGGAAGCUUCAGUCUGGCAUUGUGCGAUCCGCUCGCGGGCGUAGGUCGCGAGCUCCCCCCGCUGAAGUACAAUGGAAAAUUCACGAUGGUAGGGUAUACCAUCCUAACCGAUCUGGAUUGCUGCUCCGACAAACGGCGAUGGCCAAUCUACGAGGUCUCCUUCAAAGUGCUAAUCAUCAGUGUCGACGAAGGUCAGCCAGGGUACAAUCUCCAUGUGUUCAUGCCCGCUGAGUGGAGCUGGAGCACGCCUAGACAGUUCUUUGGCACUCUGGAGCACGGCGUGCAUGUGGCGCCCCAGCAGGCCAACGCCGUCGUGUGCCAAGGCGCGGCACACUGGCUUUUCAGGCGGACGUCAAGCUUUUACACGCUCAGUGUGUGCGCUAAGACUGCCCACAUGUCCUUAACAAGGCUCCCAAUCACGCCGAACCAAAUCGACCUCAACUUGUAUAGUGAACCAAUGCUUAGUGUCACCAAUGACGGGAUGCUAUCGUUACUUCGUUUGUAUAGGAAAUUCACCAUGCUGGAGAUCUGGACAUGUCAAGGUGACUAUAAAAGUGAGGAUGACAACGUGGACCGCUGGUACCGCACAAAGAUGAUCAAGCUAAAACGACCCACGCAGAUUAAGAUCGACCUUGUGCGAUGCGUGUGUAUCGGAGAGAUGAGUGGCAAACUGCUGGUCAAUGACAAUCAAGGUUGUGUGUACAUUGCAGACCUCCAAACUGGUGCAAUGGAGACGGUCACCGAGUGGUUUCGCAGCAGUGUCCAGAGUGCUAUACCCUUUGAGAUGGAUUGGCCUGCCUACUUCAUGUCUCAGUUGGCUGGUGGCAGGAUCAAGCGGACUAAAUUGGGAGGAGCUAUACAGAAAAUUGCGAAAUCUUUCUGGGGACUAGUAGUUGUGUCAGUAAUCUUUGGACCAAUUGCUAUGAGGUGGGCUUGGGCCUAG